GAGGAUGGAUCCUGGCAAAAAAUACCCGACCCGACCCGACUCAUGAUCUUAAUUAUGCUGGUAUAUUCCUUUUGAAAAUUUAUGUUAUUAUUUCUCUGAGAAGCAAAAUCGAUAAUAAGCGGCCCAAUCUUCGGCCUUAAAAAUUCAAGGAACGAGAGCGAUGAGAUGUUGAAGAUUGACUUGCCCCCACUUUAAACUCUCUCUUUUAUCACAUAACUAAACUCCCCUCUCUCGUCAAUCUCCGAUCUUACUCGUCAUGUCUCCGGUCGUCGAUAAAGAUGCAUCCGCACCUAAAGAGGAAAAGACUGGCUCAACCGUCAAGACCUCUGAAUCGAGCUCCACAGAGAGUCAGUCAGGGCAAAGUAGAGCAACAGCUGCUCCAGGAGCUGGGUUUCCCGGAAAUCCAUUUGACUUCUCAAACAUGGCUGGCUUACUCAAUGACCCAAGUGUCAGGGAAUUGGCAGAACAAAUAGCUAGUGACCCUUCAUUUACCCAGAUGGCCGCACAGCUUGAAAAGACAUUAAAGGGUCCGGUAGCCGGUGAUGAAAUUCCACAGUUUGAUCCCCAGCAGUACUAUACUAGCAUGCAAGAAGUUAUGAAAAACCCUCAAUUUGUGUCAAUGGCUGAACGACUUGGUAGUGCUUUGAUGGAGGAUCCAUCUAUGUCACAAAUGCUUGAGAGCUUAGCUAAUCCAGCACAGAAAGACCAACUUGAAGAACGAAUUGCGCGUGUCAAAGAAGAUCCCUCAUUGAAACCUAUUUUAGAUGAAAUAGAAACUGGAGGUCCAGCUGUAAUGAUGAGGUACUGGAAUGACCCAGAUGUUCUCAAGAAGUUGGGUGAAGCUAUGGGUGUUGCUGUUCCUGGAGAUGCUGCUACUUCUGCUGAAAUUUCUGGAGUAGAUGAUUCUGAUGAAGUAGGAAAUGAGGAUGAAUCUAUUGUUCACAACACUGCUAGCGUUGGUGAUGUGGAGGGUUUGAAGAAGGCACUAGCCUCUGGUGGUGAUAAGGAUGAAGAAGAUUCAGAAGGAAGGACGGCUUUGCAUUUUGCAUGUGGAUAUGGCGAGGUAAAAUGUGCUCAGGUCCUUCUGGAGGCUGGAGCAAAGGUGGAUGCUCUUGAUAAGAACAAGAACACUGCUCUUCAUUAUGCAGCUGGUUACGGCAGGAAGGAAUGUGUAUCUCUUCUGCUGGACAACGGAGCUGCUGUCACUCUCCAAAAUUUGGACGGUAAAUCCCCGAUCGAUGUGGCCAAAUUGAACAACCAGCAAGACGUGGUGAAACUACUUGAGAAGGAUUCAUUUCUAUGAUUUUCAGAAAACAUUACAUGGAUUACCCAGUCUUCAGCUAUGUCAUUUGUGAAGUUUGUUUAAGUUUAUAUCGUUUAUAUCAACGCCGAAGAUGUUAGAUUUGCUUGGUUUGUUUAUUAUGACACAUUAUAUCGUUAGAUACAAAAAUGGUCCUGCCGAAUGAUAGAUUGGAUUUCAUUGAAUACAUAUUUCUCUCAUGUCAAAAUUUUCUUUUAAUUUAUACAGCCCAAUAAAAUAAUAACAUUGUAGUG